AGGAAAGGGGGAUGGGGGGAGGGAGGUGAUGUGUUCUUACAGCCAGCUCCACUAGGCUUGCAGGCAGGAGAUUAAACCACAGAUGGUGAGUGAGUCUGAGAGUGAAGAGAAGAAGCUCACUCAGGUCUCAUCCCUCAGUAUUCUCCAACAGCCCUUGCUAAGGGAGUUGGUUGGGUGAGGAAAGGGAAGGGUAACCCAGCAAGGCUGUUUUAACAGAGAAAUCACUGAGUUAAAUGCUGGAUAACAAGCAGAAGAAGCUAUUGCAGAUAAGGACAAGUGAAGCCGAGGAUGUGAAAUCGUGUCUGCUGCUGAAUGUACAGGAAGUGGAUUGGGAAAUCUCACUGCUGCUGCAGUGAACAGGAAUCAGAUGGUUACCUGCCCCUCCAGCUCCUUGGUGAGCCCCAAAUGUUCUGAGGGUCUCAAAUCCACUGUUGGUAGAUGACCUUUGGAGCGCAGCAUGAGCAGCGGGUACUGUAGUCUGGAUGAAGAGCUCGAGGAUUGUUUUUUCACAGCCAAGACCACCUUCUUCAGGAGGGCACAGAGCAAAACCCCUGCCAAGAAUGUAACAAAAACAGCAGAAGAAGAAAAACCCAAAGCUCCCACUAUCCAGGAGAUUGAACAGAUAAUCAAUAGUUACAAUGCCAAGGUUACAAACUGCUUUGUGAUGAAGCUGAAUGAGGACGGCACUUACACGGGCUUCAUUAAAGUGCACUUGAAACUGCGCCGGCCUGUGACGGUGCCAGCAGGAAUUCGGCCGCAGUCUAUCUAUGAUGCCCUCAAGGAGGUGAACCUGGCUGAUAUGACGGACAAGAGAACUUCCUUCUUCUUGCCACUGGAUGCAGUCAAGCAGCUGCACAUCAGCAGCACGACCACGGUCAGUGAGGUGAUCCAGGGGCUCCUCAAGAAGUUCAUGGUGGUGGACAACCCUCAGAAGUUUGCACUUUUCAAGGAAAUGCAGAGAGAUGGGCAAGUUCUCUUCCAGAAGCUCUCUCUAACAGAAUACCCCUUGUAUCUCCGGCUGCUGGCUGGCCCCGACACAGAUGUUCUCAGUUUUGUGCUGAAGGAAAACGAAACAGGGGAAGUUGAGUGGGAUGCAUUCUCUAUCCCAGAGCUACAAAAUUUCUUAAUGAUACUGGACAGAGAGGAAAAAGACAAAAUUCAGCAAGUCCAAAAGAAGUACAGCAAGUUUAAACAAAGACUGGAGAAGAGUUUGAAAGAAGCAGGAGGAAAACCAGGAUAACCAAACACAAUAUCUAGCUUAGUCUGGUACGAUACACGCUUUAUUUUUAAAAAGAGACUUCUCAGGACACCUCAAAUUUGUCUGAUCCUUUCUCCCUGUUCCUCUGUCUGAGGAAUGACGCGCCCCAACAAGACACAAGCGUUGCAUUUCUUUUACUUCAGAAAUUAUCACUGGAUCACAGCCAGUCAGUAAA